CAUCAGAGACUGCAGAACGCAGCGCGGCGCCACCUCGGAGAGUCUGCGUGUGGACGCCCCUGGCUCCUCCCACAUGUCAAGUCACAGCGGGGAGCUGCGCAUCUUGAGUGUUUACGGACAAGGGGAGGGCCCACUGGCGGUGGACGGCCAUGACACCCUCUUUGCCGCGUCAGAACUGGAGGCCUUGAGCUCGCUGUCCGCUGACCACAGCGUGGCCAAGAGCCUGAACUGCAGCGUACGGCUCGUCCGCCUUGAGGAGCUGACUGGGCAUCAGAGCGGCCGCAAGGGCCGGCCCGGUGUCUUGUGUGGAAAGGUUAUUCCCAACAAUGCCAAUAUGAUCGUCCACAUGAGGACUCACUCCGGCGAGAAGCCCUACAGGUGUGACCAAGGCAUGAAGUGCUUCAGUCUGAAAGGCACCCUGAAGACCCACCUGAGGAGUCACUCCGGAGAGAAGCCCUACAGCUGUGACCUAUGCACGAAGUGCUUCAGUCUGAAAGACCAUCUGAAGACCCACAUGAGAACUCACUCCGCCGAGAAGCCCUACAAGUGUGACCAAUGCACAAAGCGCUUCAGUCAGACAAGCCACCUGAAGAACCACCUGAGGACUCACACUGGCAAGAAGCCCUACAGGUGUGACCGAUGCCCGAAGUGCUUCAGUCUGAAAGACCCCCUGAAGCGCCACCUGAGGACUCACUCUGGGGAGAAGCCCUACGUGUGUCUGCAGUGCAACGCCAGCUACAGCGACCCACGUACUUUGCGAGUGCACAUGCUCAAGCACACUUUGACACGGGGUAACGUGACGCUUUGAUUGAGACCUCUGUCUGGUAUUGAUUUAAAUUACUGCUUUUAGUUUUUCUUUUCAUCACGAUUAAACGCUUUCAA